AUGUCAUUCUUAAAGAAGUUGUCCAAGAAGGACAAGAAGAAUAAUGAAAAGACAACAUCAUCAAAUGAUGAUAAGGUUGGUAACUCUGCAGAGGACCAGGAUUAUAUGGACCAUGUAGAUUUUGGAAAGGACGGAGAAGCAUUGGAGCCACCAGAGGACAAGAAGAAGUUAUGGACCAAAGUCAGCGGCCUGAUAGGCAAGGACACAAUGUCAUUGGUGUCACUCCCAGUCUACUUCUUUGAGCCACUGACCGUUCUCCAAUCCCAAGUUGAGCCACUGCGUUUUGUCCGUCUGUUAGAGAAGGCCUGUGAUCUUGACAACUCAAUCGAUAGACUGGUCUACAUCACAGCAUUCAAUAUUGCAUUAUUCAGUUCAUAUGUCAGAACUGCAAAACCAUUCAAUCCACUACUCGGAGAGACAUUUGAAUAUAUUCCAAAGAAUGGAAGUUACUGUACAUUGAGUGAGCAAGUGAGCCAUCAUCCCCCCAUUGGAGUUUGUGAGACUUCAAGUGCUCGAUUUAACCUUCAACAAGAGUCAUGGAUUACAACCAAGUUCUGGGGUAACUCUGUCGAUAUCUUCAGUAUGGGUAACAACCAUCUCUAUCUCAACGAUCAUAAUGAGCACUACUCAUGGAAAGUUCCAUCAUCAUGUUGUCAUAAUAUAUUGGUUGGCAAGAUGUGGGUGGAGCAUCAUGGCACUCUGUCCAUUGUUAACCAUGUCACUGGUGACAAGGCCAUUAUAACCUUCCACAAGUCAGGUUGGUUCGAGGGUAAUGCCGCCAGGAAGAUCUCUGGAGAGAUUUCCGAUGCCAACGGAAAGAAGAAGUUCUUGGUCAGUGGACGCUGGAACGAGUACAUUGUGAUGACCAAGCUCGAUGACAAGGGAGACAAGAUCGACGAGUUCACCAUCUGGAAGGCUGGCGCCGACCCCCUGGAGAAGACCAACAAGUGGAAGCUUGGUUCCUUCAUUCAAUCAUUGAAUGAGAUCAACCCAGACUAUGAGCACAUCCUUCCACCAACAGACUCAAGACUCCGCUCAGAUAGAAGGAGCUUGGAGGCCGGUGAUAAUAAGCUGGCCAACAAGGAGAAGAGUAGGAUAGAGGACAGGGAGCGUGAGAAGAGAAGAGAGCGUGAGAGAACCGGAAAGCCAUUCACUCCCAACUACUUCAAGAAGGUGGACGACCCCCAGUUUGGCUACAGAUGGCUGUUCAACGGCGAGUACUGGAAGGAGAGGGAGAUGAGAAUCCAAAAGUACGAUGCAGAGAAAAGCAACAACCAGGCCCUCACCGACAUCAGUUCGCUGAGCAUGAGCGAUGAUGUCUCGGUCAUUUCGACUAACACUGUUUCCUCUAGUCUCAGCCAAGGCAGUUCGGUUGCAUCGAUGCCCACCUUUGUCGACGAGUCCAAGACGGCAGACGACAUGGCUGCAGACAAGAGGAAAUCAUUCAACUCGGCCAAACCAAUCUACACCAACGUUGUGCCCAUAGGGCAGUCGUCUCACUAG